AGGAAACGGAAGUCCGAGGAGAGGCUCUCUCCGUCUGAUGGAGGAAGUGGACGGACUAUUGUUUACGUUUUUUACCCGAAACCAACAAUAAAACACACGAAAAUGACACCGAUAUAGCGGAGCCCAGGGGAAUUCUGAAACUGAACACCGUAUAUGUUAGUUUUACUAAGUUGUUUUAUAUCUCGGUGGGAUCUGAGAAGGUUUUAAAGGGUUUUGUGUGUGUUGUGAAGGCCAAUGAUCAAAUUUGAUUAAAAACUGACGGAGGAGUUUCAGUUACAGCAAACAGUGCCCGGCGGAGGUCAAGAAACCCGAGAUCUGUCCACACUCACUCCAGUAUAUUUGAGUUUUAUUUUUUUAAUCUAGGCUUUUCAGAGUGUUUAAGAGCAUGUACGCACCCCCGGGAACAGCUGUGCCAGGAAACCGGAGGAGGAGAGCUGGAACAGCCCUACCUAAACAUCCAGAGCGGAGUUUAGCCUCGGCACUGCCUGGGGCACUUUCAAUCACUGCACUCUGUACGGCCCUGGCAGAACCAGCCUGGCUCCGUGUCCAUGGUGGAAACUGUCCCAGACAAGAGCUCGGUGUCGCAGAUGUCCUGGGAUAUGUAGAUGACAAACUCAUCAAGGAUUACUGUAUCAACUCUCAGUCCAUCCUGCUCAUGCGGGUCAUUGCUGCUUUCUGUUUCUUGGGCAUUUUGUGCAGCCUCACGGCAUUUCUGUUGGAUGUCUUUGGACCCAAACAUCCAGCCCUCAAGAUCACACGCAGAUACGCUUUCGCUCACAUCCUCACAGUGCUCCAGUGUGCUACAGUCAUCGGCUUCUGCUACUGGGCCUCUGAACUGAUUCUGUCCCUGCAGCAGCAGCACAAGAAAUACCACGGCUCACUCAUCUACGUCACUUUUGCCAUCAGCUUCUACCUGGUGGCCGGUGCAGGCGGAGCCUCCAUUUUAGCCACGGCGGCCAACCUGCUCCGUCAUUACCCCACCGAGGAGGAGGAGCAGGCCCUGGAGCUCCUCUCAGAGAUGGAGGAGAGCAGUGAAACAUACCCAGCUGACUAUGACAUUGCCAACCAAUUCCAGCCUCCGCCGGCAUAUACACCCUGAUCGCCAGCCGCUGUCGCCCCACGCAUCCCCUAUGCCAUCCUUUGGCCUUCAUAUAGAGAAAUGAUGUUCAGAUUUUAGGUGCGCCAUCAAAAACGACUAUAUAUUCAGUAUUCCAGAUCAUGCCGAAUGCCCAAAUCCAUGCACACAUUUAAAUGAGUGUCUUACUUUGGCAGACAGAGCUUGCGUGCAUGGAAUAAAACAAAGAGAAUAAUUAUGCCAUUGCUUGUAGGAUUCCAUUCAAAUUCAUCUUGCAGUUGUUUGCAUGUAUCUGGCGAUAAAACCCCACAGAUUUUUGCUUUUUCGCCAUGCUUUAUUAUUAAAUAAAGACUUGAAAUAUGUACAGCAUCUCAGCAUUAUGCUUGUUGAAGAUGCAUUUCCCAGGAGCCUCUUUGGCACACUAAACUGUGGGGAGUUAAUUUUAUUUUUUUCUUAAGGUUUGUCUUUUUAUAAUUUUUUGCUUCAUCACAGGUUUAUCACGUUUUCCAUUUUAAAUGUUGAGCUGCACUUUUGACUUUUUAAAAUCAUGCUAGGUAUCAAAGUAUCCUUUAAUUUAUUUUAAUUAAUCAAUAGUCCGUAUCUGCACACUUCUGGAUGUAUCCCAUUGCAU